AUGGCAUUUGUCUUGAAUCGAACGUUGGGUCCGAUUGUGUCUCGUCGUCUAUUACAACGAGCAAUAACGACGGCAACAACUGAACAACAAUAUCGUUUUCGUUCUCGUUUACCAUUUAAUACCGUUGUUCUAUUUGUACCACAACAGGAAGCAUGGGUUGUGGAGAGAAUGGGAAAAUUUUAUAAGACUUUAAAUCCCGGCUUGAAUUUACUUUUACCAGUGAUUGAUAGAAUCAGCUAUGUGCAGAGUUUGAAAGAAAUUGCCAUUGAAGUUCCAAGUCAAACAGCUAUUUCAAAAGACAAUGUUACAUUGAACAUCGAUGGUGUUUUGUAUCUGAAAGUAUUUGAUCCUUAUUUGGCUAGCUAUGGUGUUGAAGAUGCUGAAUUUGCUGUCACUCAGCUAGCGCAAACAACGAUGCGUUCUGAAAUUGGCAAAAUCUCGUUGGAUACAGUAUUUCGAGAGAGAGAAUCACUAAAUAUUGGUAUUGUUGAUGCAAUCAAUAAAGCUGCCAAAGCUUGGGGAAUCAACUGUCUUCGGUAUGAAAUUCGUGAUAUUCGCCUUCCUGCUAAAGUUCAAGAAGCUAUGCAAAUGCAAGUCGAAGCUGAACGACGUAAACGAGCGACCAUUCUCGAGAGUGAGGGUAUUCGGGAAAGUCAGAUUAACAAAGCUGAAGGUACAAAACAAGCAACUAUCUUGGCUAGUGAAGGUUUUCGACUUGAACAAAUCAACAAUGCUACUGGUGAAGCAGACGCCAUACGUGCAAAAGCACAAGCUCGUGCAGAAGCACUUAAAAUUAUUUCAGAUCAACUUCAAGCUGAAGAAGGUCGUAAUGCUGCUUCAUUACAAAUAGCUGAACAAUAUGUUCAUGCUUUCGGUAACCUUGCUCGAACGAAUAAUACCAUACUUUUACCAUCUAAUACCGGUGAUAUGUCAUCGAUGGUUGCCUCCGCAUUAGCAAUCUAUAAUAAUCUUCAGAGCAAAGAUCGACAAGGUUUUCUGACUCAAUCACCACCGUCGAUACCAUCUUCGCCGUCAACUUCUCAACCUACCGAUACUAAACUAACCGGUGAUGCCAUGUCCGCAGUACGGCGUGCUAAAAAAGCACCAAAUGAAAAAGACACUCCAUAG